CCCUGUAGGUGGACACGUUGCGAAACAUGCACGCGGAAACUUGCGUGCCCACGUCUCCGGGAUCCAGGGCAGGCUGUCGAUCUCCAACAUGGCGGCGUUAGCAGCUAAGAAGAAGGGGAAUAAGAAGGUGAAGACCCUAUCUCUGACUGACUUCCUUGCUGAUGACAAGGGGGGCAAUGCUCCCACAAGUUACGCUCCCACCAAGCCCGCUAGCAGCUGGGCAGACGAGACCGAUGACCUGGAAACAGAGGUGUCCACCUCCUGGCAUACAGAGGAGGAUAUGUACAGGGCCCCGGCCAUCGACCGCUCCAUCCUGCCCACAGCACCCCGUUCAGCCCGGGAGCCAAAUGUUGACCGCUCCCGUAUCCCACGUGGUCCCCCUUACACCGCCUUCCUGGGCAACUUGCCCUACGACGUCACUGAGGACUCAAUCAAGGACUUCUUCAGGGGUGUGGGGAUCAGUGCAGUGCGUCUUCCUAGAGAGCCCAGUAACCCAGAGAGGCUGAAGGGUUUUGGCUAUGCUGAGUUUGAUGAUGUGGAAUCCCUCCUGAGUGCCUUGAGUCUAAAUGAAGAGAACUUGGGAAAUAGAAGAAUCCGUGUGGACAUUGCAGACCAGUCUAAUGACAAAGGGAGGGAUAAUCACUCCAUGGGUGGCCGGGACAGGGACCGGGGGGGAGACUUUGGCCCAGACAAGACAGACUGUGAUGACUGGAGGGCACCUCGGCCCAGUGGAGGAGAGAGUGACGACGGGCCGCCUCGGAGAGACGACGCCUUUGGAGACCGGUCACGGGACCGCUACGAGUCAGACAGGCCCAGAGGAGAUGAUCGCUACGGAGGGGGCCAGGACAGGUUCAGGGAUCGCUAUGAUGACCGGGAUCGCAGAGAUGACAGAGGAGGUGGUUUUGGUGGUGGUGGUCGCAGGGCAUUUGGCACUGGUUACAGGCGCGAUGAGGGAGGACAGGAUAGCUACCGGCAGGAUAGCUACCGACGGGAUGACUACCGGGUUAGUGGGGAUCGUUAUGGUGACCGUGGUAGUGAUCGAUACGAGAGACGGGAGGAAAGCCGGGAUGACAGAGGUGCUGUCGAGAGGCCCAAGUUGAUCCUGAAGCCCCGUAGUGUACCCAAAGAGAUGGAGCAGAGCAACACCCCGUUUGCCCCCUCAGGCAGGGCUGCCUCCAUCUUCGGCGGGGCUAAGCCAGUGGACACGGCCGCCAAGGAGAGAGAGGUUGAGGAGAGGCUGAAGAGGGAACAGGAGAAACUGCAGCGACAGCUAGAGGACAGGAUCCCAGACCGCAAGCCCAGAGAGAGGCACCCCAGCUGGCGCAGUGAGGACCAACCUGCAGAACGCUCUCGGACGGGCAGCGAGUCUUCCCAACCAGGCAGCCAGUCUGGCAGAGCCUCCAAGCGCAGGGAGAGCGAGCGCUCGGUGGACAGUGGUCGUGAAGAGGAGCCCUCCUCCCCUGUGACCCUGCCCCCUCCCAGACUGGACGGGCAGCCCCUGAAGGUGGUGUUUGCCCCACCCCCCAAGGAGAACGCCUGGGCCAAGAGGACCACGCCCGUUGGGGGCUCCAGUGAGGGCUCGGCUGGGCAACCUGUCGCCCCCAGCAGUGACACAGCCCCACAGCUCACCAGCUCCUCAAGCUUAGCUGAGGCAAAUAAAAAAGAGGUCGAGCUCAGCGAAUAAGUACAGUAUGCAGCCUUGCUAUAAUGGACGCAGACCCACAUGACAAUAUGGAGGACAAUGCAGACAGAGGUGGAAUGAAAGAAGUGAAGAUGUUUGAUGCCAAAAGAGUGAGAUCUCUGCUCUGCACCACAACCUGGCUGGAGCAGCACUACAGCUCCCUUCCUGCUAACCUGCUUCAAUAGAAACCCACCCCACAGUGCUGACUGGCUGCACCAUCAGGACUGUACCUAAACAUAGAGAAAUAAUGACUGGUUUUAAGUAAAAGAGACUGGAGGUUGAAGUUUUAAUCAUUAUAACAAUUUUGAAAGGUGGGGUUGAGAAAACAUGUAUUGCUACGGGCGUCGUCGCCACCCACCACCAGUCUAAAUGCUGGACUAUGUAAGCUGUCUGAGCUCUGUAAGCCUGGUUAUGCUAAUGAUGGAGCGCCUGUGUCCAAGAGGGACAGACAAGAGUUUUAAUAAAAGAAAACAGACAGUCUCCUUAUUUUAGGGGGCUUUGCUGACAUACCUUAACUUCUUUUUGACUAUGAGGGAAGCAAUGUUUGUGUUCCUCUGAUCAUCAUGUAUAGCAGUCAUUAGCUGCUUCUUUCCAGGGUCUUUCCCAAUACACAGUCAAUGGCUUCCUGCUUCCUUCACAGAAAGGAACCGCUUCCUUGUCUCAUCCGGACCUGCCUGGAGGUCAAUGCCAAGGCAACCAUGUCAUGGAAAAUCAUAUGAGCUGUGUGAUAAAUGUUUUGGAGGCAUGCUCUUCACUCACUCUUAUCCAUGUGCCAAGUGUUGACUGGCAUUUAAUGCAGAGGAUGUUUCAGCAUUGUCGUAUGUAACCCCACUAUCACAUGUAACUGAAGGAGAUCUCAUUAAAUGUUUCUGGAUGUU